AUGAACCCGCAAUGUUCUAAAUGUAAAGCAGCAAUGAGGAGAUAUAACUACUCCGUCAAAGAGAUAGAAAGAAUGAGAAACGACUAUGCAGACUUAAAGAAAGAAGCAGAGAAGCCGGUAGAAGAUAAAAUGGAUAUGUUGACAUUUCUGAACAAAAACUAUCCAACAGCAGAAGAUUUCCUUCUAUCUGACGUCAAGAAGAAGUAUAAAGAAACCUUCGGCAUAGUUAAAACAUUCGAUGUACUAAAAGAAGAAAUAGAAGCUACGAAACUGUUUAAAGUCAUGAACCAUCGCAACAUAUACCAUGUAAAACGCUUGUGA